UAAGAAAAGGGCCAUGGCGAGGAAAAAGGUGAAGCUUGCGUGGAUCAGCAACGACGCGACGCGGCGGGCAACGUUAAAGAAGCGGCGAAAGGGACUGAUAAAGAAGGUGAAUGAGCUCUCCAUCCUGUGCGAUGUGCGCGCGUGCUCCAUUAUUUACGCCCCAAACGAACCCCAACCCGAAGCAUGGCCUUCUCCUCAAGAGGCAACCCGAAUGCUCUCCCGCUUCCGUGCAAUGCCGGAGAUGGAGCGGUGCAAGAAAAUGAUGAACCAAGAUAGCUUUCUUCGCCAGCGCGUUUCCAAGCUCCACGAUCAGCUCUGUCGUCAGGAUCGAGUGAUCCGCGAGUUGGAGUCCGCCGCACUCCUCCGCGAAUGCGUGGCUGGUGCUUCGAUUGACAAUCUCCGCAUCGAGGAGCUUGCGGCGCUGGCUUGGAUUCUCGAAGAUAAGACCAAGGGGAUUCAGGACCGAAUAGACCACCUCCGAUUUACUGCGGCGUUUGAGGGAACGAUAUCAGGUGAUGCCAAGCAAGUCGCUGUCGAAUGCACGGCGCCUACGACGGUAGCAGAGCUGCAGCCGUCGCAGCUGGCCAUGCC